UGAAAAUUGAAAUGAGGAAAAUACUGAAUGAAACCGACAUUCACAAAUUUGAAGAAAAGAGUCAGAAAUACUUUGAAAAACUGAAAAAUUCUGAAGAAUUUAUGUUUCUCAAUUAUCUCAAAAAGUAUAUUAAUCUAGCAAUGUUCCCCAAAUAUUUCAAAAUAAAAAUUUCUAUGUCUUUUACAGUUUGUUAAGCAUGAAAUUAUUUUUUCAGAUAUUAUUACCAAAGUAAAGAAAGGAUAGCAACGUGGGCGCAUUGCUACAGAUUAUAUGCAGGAAUUAAUACUAAUAUGGCACUGGAAAGUCUCAAUAACAUCCUCAAAACUAACCUACUGAAAAGGAAAGCAAAUAUACCAGUUGAUCGACUUCUGGACGAAAUGGAAAAUUUAGUGGAUGGCAAAAUGUGGCAAAGAAUAUUAAAGAUAGAAAGACCCCAUUCCAAUAACUACCAAGACAGACUCGUUGCUAAGGCUCACAAAGCUGCAGAAAAAUUACUUUCAAAGAAUGAAACAGAGGUAAUAGAUGUUGGAUUCGGAGAAUUUUUGGUAAAAUCUUCAGCAGGUAUAAUUUUUUAUAAGGUACAAUAUAACGAAUUGUGUGAGGUGGAAUGCCGAACAUCAUUCUGUAGGAUAUGCAAGAUUUGUUUGCAUCGUUAUAGAUGUGAAUGUCCUGAUUUUGCCAUAAAAACUAAUAUGUGUAAACACAUACACUUGGUAUGUUUGCAUGAGCAAAGGUCGGGAAGCGAUUCUGUUUUAGGUGAUGUUGCCGUGCAGCUUUCUUUGGAAAAAGCUUCAGAAAUUAAAAUGGCCAAUAGUGAAGAAAUCCAUGACUUCAUAAAGAGAAAGAGAUGUGAAAAUGAUGAUACAGACGUGUUGGAUAGAAAAGCAAAAAGGGAGGCCAAACAUGAAACAGUUAACAACUAUCUGAGAUCUCUGGAUGAUGAGGAAUUUGAUAGGUUUGUGGAUAAAAUUAUGGUGAUGGCAAGAGAGAAUAAAGCUUAAACUAAAAGGAAAUUGGAUAAGCAAGAAUUUUUUGCAUCAAAGAAAAAAAAAUAGACAGAUGUGAAAUUUUUUUUUAUUUUCAUAUGUGUUACAUGCAUGCAUAUUUAUUUUAAGUUAAGUGAUUGAUCUAACAAGGUGAUGGUACUGUAUUUUGCUUUUUUGACUGUUUCAUAUUGGUAUUAAUAUAAUUGUAUAUAGAUAUAUGUAGAUGUAAAUUAUGAAGUGUGUGUGUAAAUUGUUACAUUAUGUGUUGGUUCAAGAAUCAUUCAUAAGUUUCUUUGAAGUUUCUUCUUAUGGGUUGUAAUAGAAACUUCGGAUUAAAUUUUUUUAUUAAAAUGCCUGAGUAGUAUUUGUUUUCAUUCAGAAAUUAACAGAAAUAUUAGGUAGUAAUAACAUGGUUUAAGGAACAAUGGUAAUAAUAAAUAUGUGUUCAUUGUGGAAACCUUUCGAAGGGCGAUGCUAAGGUUCUUCAUACUCGAAAAAUUCAAUUAAUCAUUGAUAAACAUCAUCGAUAAUUAUAAUGUACAUGAGAAGAAGGAUUAGAAUCUCUUGGUUGCUAGUGCUUUUGUUAAUAAAGGGGCUUUUUAUUGCAAUGGGUUCAGUGAAUUGAGAUUCUGUUGAUGCUAUUGUGAACAUUAAACAAUGUAGAUUUUUUUUUAAUUUCGAAAGAUAUUUUCCAUAAAAUAAAUUCCUAUUAUGACAAAACAACGAAUUUUAUUGUUUUAUCCUUCAGUAUUAUCGAAAUCCUCUCCUAUACAAGGUAACAAUUGAAAACAAAUAUAAUAAUUGCCUGAUGGUAUUCAAAAACGUUUGUGUGGAUAUGAUAUAUCUGUUACGGGCAAUGUAAUUAUUUAGGUCAGUAUUCAUAAUGCUUGGUUAUUAUGAAUAAUGACCAUUAAAAUUGGGCAAUUUGAUAAAUUUCAAUUACUUUACGAUAACUUCUCACAUUGCCCGGUCAUUAUGAAUACUGCUAUUAUUUAUUUGGGCACUUUGAUUAAUUGACAGCAAUGGGACAACCACGUGCGUGUGAUGUGAUUUUGGCUGGCCAA